AUGUACGACCUCCUUAGAGAAAGUGAAUGGUACUAUUUCACUCCUAUUACUCGAAAGUAUGUGAACAGUUCUCGACCAAAUCGAGUUGCACCGAAUGGUUUUUGGAAGCCAAGAAUGAACAACCCCAUCAAAGAUAGGAAUAAUGAAGUAGUUGGGUACAGGACGAGUCUGGAAUUUUAUGAAGGGAAAUAUCCAAACGGAAAUAAGACAGGGUGGAAAAUGAAUGAAUAUACAAUCAAUGAAGCAAUUAUUCCUCCAAAUAUUAAUACAAAUGGCAAAACUCGCAUCAAGUUGGAUGAUUGUGUUUUGUGCAAGAUUUUUACGCUUAAGGUGGCCAGGAAGCUUCAGAAUGAGAUACAAUACCAGUUGGAGAAUCCUAUAGGUCGUAACAAAGCAACAUCAACAUCAAUUGUUGGUCCAAGUAACACUACUACAACAACUGGUGAUCAGUUACCUGUGCAUGACGCCAUGGAACAUGAGCCGCAUAGUAACCAUGAAGUGCAACAAGAUGGUUCUUCUGAUUCUAAGCACGAAGAAGAUGAUGAUGGUUGGUUGAUCAUUGGAGUAGAGUCUCUGAAUAUCUCUUCAGAUCCUAUGAUAGGGUGA